CUUUCUCUCUCUCUCAUAAACACACUUAUCUGCAAUUGUUCCCUUUAAAUCAUAUUUUGUCUGCCCCAUCUAAGCAGCUCACAUUGGAGCCAUGGAGUGUCCACAGUGCUCUCCUUUCAAACCCUAAAUGAAGGUGGAUUCUUCAGCUAUAAUUUUGCCCUCCACCUGUCCCACAAUCCUCCGAACCAUGACCAAGCUUCUGGAGUGGCUUCUUGGAGUGUCACUGAUUGGCAUUUCAUGGGGACUCGUUACCUUUGACCUUCUUGAUUUGCAGCUGCCUCCCCAGUAUAAAGAGAUGGCGUGGCCGAUGCCUGUAUAUCUGCUGGUGGCGUUUGGGUGUUACUCUUUGGCAACUGUCGGUUACCGUGUGGCCACAUUUAAUGACUGUGAGGACGCAGCCAAAGAGCUGCAAGCGCAAAUAAAGGAAGCCAAAGAGGACUUGAAGAAGAAGGGACUGAAGAUGUGAAAAUUAAAUGCAGCUACUGUUUUUUCUUCAUAUACAAAUGUUUAGUCUAAUUGUUUCUGUUUACUUUGUGCCCAACAUUUCCCCUACAUUGACACUAGGCUAGUUCUAUGGAUGUCUGCACUAUAAUAUGCACUCAAAGAUGCCCAGCUUGGUUCAAGUCUUUAUUUCAACAUGAUGUAAAUGAUGGUUUGAAGUAUAAACACCUGCACACCUGUGAAUGAUCUAUUUCCAGCUUCAGGACAGGUUUAUUUAAAACAUUACAGGCACAUUCAUGUAUUGUCAAUGGAGAGCAGUGCCAUUUUUGUGAAACAUCUAGUCCAGAGAUUGUGUAUUUGCAUUGGCCGGGGAAUGAAUACGUCUUUUUUUGACCCUGAUGAUUUUAGUGGAGUCAGAAUUCUGAGUCAUAUUUAGAAACAAACCCACUAUGUUGACUCACAAUUGCGCAAGGGUAGCAUUUCAGUAAAUCAAAAUAUGUGGAAUAGAAUUGUGAUUUAAAAUGUAAAAUUGAUUGUUUUGAGGCUCACACACUGUUUUCCCUUUUACCUUAAAUUAGGGUUCUAACUAAGCAAAUUUGUAAUUGAAAUCCAAGUAAUUUAAAGGAUUAGUUCACUUUAAAAUGAAAAUUACCCCAAGCUUUACUCAUCCUCAAGCCAUCCUAAUGUAUAUGACUUUCUUCUUUCUGAUGAACACAUUUGGAGUUAUAUUAAUAAAUAUCCUGACGCAUCCAAGAUUUAUAAUGGCAGUGAACGGGACCAAGAAAGUGCAUCCAUCCAUCAUAAACGUACUCCACACGGCUCCGGGGGGUUAGUAAAGGCCUUCUGAAGCAAAGCGAUGAGAGAAAAAUAUCCAUAUUUAACAAGUUAUGAAUUAAAAUAUCUAACUUCCACCAGACCGCCUUCCGUAUUCAACUUAGGAAAAAAAUUUAACUGACGUGUUGCGCUUUUUUUGUAAGUUGAAUACACACCAUAUACACCUAGUAUGGCUUGAGGGUGAGUAAAGCUUGGGGUAAUUUUCAUUUUAAAGUGAACUAAUCCUUUAAAGCACAGUUUGGGUCAAACCAUUUAUUUAUGUGGUCCAUAAUAAAAGAAAUGACCUACAUGUGUAUGUAUUGAAAAUAAUGCACAGAUGAAAACUUACUCAAAAGACAUUCCACAUGACAAAAAUGUAUGUUUGAUACAAAAUAGAGACUGAUUCAUUCUCAACUGUGUUUAAUUCAUGUUUUACUGAGCUUCUCAUUAAAGUUGGCAUGAAACAGAA